AAAGAGAAAUACUCAAAUCAUAAUAUAGUACUUGCUCAAAUCAAUUAUAAAAUCUAAAAUAUUUCUCUUCAGUACUCAGUAGUUCAGCUUCAGACAUUCAUUCUACAAUAAUACUUCUUCCACUACUCAUUGUUUUAUAAUUUUAUGAUACUAAGUUGUCUAAUACUCUAAUGUCUAAUUUGUAAUGUGUUCAGUGUUCUUCACGGUGCACAGACAUUAACAUAAUACUAUUUGUUUUUGUUUUUACAUAUUAUAAUAGUGAUAUAAUUGCCAAUUUUCUAUUAUUCCAACAUUUUUACUGUAUUAAUUAAUUAUUUUCUUAUAAAUAUGGUUAAAGUUAAUAAAGAAGCAUGUAUACCACUGUUGCCGUAUGAUCUGGGAUAUGAAGAGACUAUUUUACAAUUAAUAAAAUCAUUAGAUUGUCUAGAUAAAGUUGUUGAAUGUGUAUAUGAACAUGUAAGAAGUAAUAUAAACUCACAAAAAUUGGAAAUAGUUAAACUGAGUGACAAAUUGAACAACAUAGCUAAUAAAGUACAACUUUUGUCAAACACCAAGAAAUCGAUUCAAGUUUAUUCCAGUUCCAAAUAUCCUGCCGCACAUUUACACAAAGAUUAUGAAUAUAGUUAUGAUUUUGAAAUUAAAUCUGAUAUCACGGACAAUAUCCAAGUUGCUCAUCAAAUAUGUGUGUCGAAUGACCCAACUGAUAAACUUAAAUUUUACCAUGUUGAUGACGAAAGUAAAAAGUUAUCCAAAAAUAAAGAUAUUAUUCAAAUGAAAGGCCUAGGCAGAUUACCUGACGAUGUUAGUUACAUAAAUUCCUUAUUAUUAUUUAAUUCAAAUGAAAAUUUAUACAAAAAUUAUGUUUUGUCUAACCCCUAUAAAGUUAAAAUAACAAAAACUAAUAAACAAGUCGAAGAAGUUGACAAUAUUAAUAAACCAGUGUUUACACUACCAAUAAAUGAUACCGAAAAUCAGUUUAAUUAUUCUUAUACACCGGAAUAUGAAGAAGUUCCUUCUAUUGAUGUGCCGGCUGAUUUACCCGAUCUUCCAGGAAUUGCUGGUGAUGUAUUAUGUUUCAAAAAUGAAGAAAAAAACAUUGACACACCAGUUGUUUGUAAUCCUUCAAGUGUAGUGGAUCUUCCAAGUUUUGAUGAGUUAGACGAUAUUGAAAACAAUGAAAUGAUUCCUGAUAAUUUGAUACAGACUGAUAAAGAAAUCAUAAAACCGGCUGAACCUGAAGAAUUGUCAACUGUUGUAAAUAUUCAAAAUAAAAUUGAUCAUGUUAAAGACGUUGAUGAUCUUGUUAAAAAGGAACAAAAUGUUAAUAAAACGUAUGAUGAUAACAUAAAUACUCACAGUGUUCUAAUGGAUGAAAUAAGAAAUGCGGGAGGAUUAAAAAAAGCUAAGUUACGCUCAGUCGUCGAUAGAAAAACAAACAAUGAAACAAUGUCUACUGGAGGUGGAUUAAUGGCAGAUUUGCAUAAAAAGUUAGCGAUGCGAAGGCAAGGGAUCUCUGGUAACAAUAAGCAAAAUGAUAGCAGCUUAGAAGGGGUAAUAUACCGUAUGGCUUCAACAAUGUUACCGCCAAAUCCUGAAUCUGAAAGUGAAGCAGACGGUGAUGACGAUACAGAAGGCGAUUGGGAUGAUUGAGUUCAAUAGAUCUAAUAAAAUUUUUUUGUAAUUAUCUUUCUUUGUUGGCAUUACAAAUAUGUAUUUAUAGUAUAAUUUAUUGUUUACUCACCUAAUUAUGAAGUUGAUUGUUCUAUAUAUUUAUGUUACAUUUAUAUUCAAAUAAACAUUUCAAACUAAACAUUUU